AUGGGUGUGACCGGGCUGUGGACGGUCGUGAAGCCCUGCGCACGGCCGAUCAAACUUGAGACUCUGAACAAGAGGAGACUCGCCAUCGAUGCGUCAAUCUGGAUCUAUCAGUUUCUAAAAGCCGUACGUGACCAGGAGGGUAAUGCGCUGCGGAAUGCACAUAUCGUUGGCUUCUUUCGGCGAAUAUGCAAAUUGCUCUUCUUUGGUAUUAAGCCGGUGUUCGUUUUUGAUGGUGGUGCGCCAGCUCUCAAGCGACAGACAAUUGCAAACCGGAAGAGGCGCAGAGAAGGGAGAAGAGAAGAUGCCGCAAGGACUGCUAGCAAGUUGUUAGCUAUUCAAAUUCAAAGGCAGGCAGAAGAAGAGGCGGCAAGGAGGAAAGCAAAACCUCAACAUGAAGAGCAAGAGGAGGAACUGCCGGAUGAAUUUGUAUAUGCCGAGGAGAUUCUGAUGUCCAAAGCAGAAAGACAGAAGAACCGGCAAUUUCGGAAAACCGACGCAUAUCAUCUUCCGGAGCUGGAUAUGUCUCUUGCGGAAAUGGGAGCACCAGAUGACCCCAGAAUAAUGUCACACGAGGAACUCGAGGCAUACGCUCAACAGUUUCAAUCGGGCGAAAAUAUCAAUCUUUAUGAUUUUUCAAAGAUUGAUUUUGAUGGGCCGUUUUUCCUCAGUCUACCUGCAAGUGAUCGAUACAAUAUAUUAAAUGCUGCAAGGCUUCGAAGCAGGCUACGAAUGGGUUACUCCAAGGAUCAACUAGAUACCAUGUUCCCCAACCGUAUGGAUUUCUCCAGGUUUCAAAUCGAGCGGGUGGCGGAACGUAAUAACCUUACCCAGCGCCUCAUGAACCUCAACGGCAUGAAUGAUGAUCUUGUAUAUGGCAGCGGCGGGCCAUCUCGUAUUGCCGGAGAACGAGACAGAGAAUAUAUACUUGUGAAAGACAAUGGGGUGGAGGGUGGAUGGGCAUUGGGUGUUUUGGGGAAUAAAGAGGGAACUGAUAUUAACAAGCCAAUUGAGCUUGACAAGUCCGAAGAACAAGUUCAAUCUGAAGAUGAUGACGAGGGUGAAGAGUUUGAGGACGUACCCAUCGAGGGCCUCAACCGCCUCCCAAAACUGCCAAUUUUUGAACAAGGCGUAUUUGACGAGUCUAUUGCACAGCAGCGACAAAGACUUUAUGAUCCUCGAACUGGGAAGGCUUCUAAUGAGAUGAAGGAGACUGGCGGUGACCUCGACGAUAACUCUCUUUUCGUUGGUAGUGAGGCGGAAGCGGAUGCUGCUGGCGUAGCAGAACUUUUUGAGCACCUAGAAGACGAAGAGGACGAAGACCUUUCCCGGGCUAUUAACCUAUCCCUGGAAGAAAUGCCUGCUGAUGAUCCUAAGAUUGGUAAAUGGGCUAGUAAACCCAUUGCUGGCGGUUUUCCUACCACGACAGACGCCUCAAAUCUUUCCGACAGCGACGAUAAUGAAAUGGAGUUGUUUUCUGCCUUAGCAAAGUCGAAGGUUACGAAACAACCAACUAGUACUACAAAGCCAUCGCAUCCAUUCUCGGGUCCGCUGCCCUUUGAGACCCUUAGGGUAAUUACUGGCCCUAAAGUGCUUGCCAGCACAGCCAAAGAUUCGAAUGAUGACACUGCUGGAGGGUUUGAACCCCCCAAGUCCAAGGAAGAUACCCGAACUCAGCAACUCCCUCCAUGGUUCUCAGGGGUAUCCCAGCAAAAGGAGUUCAUUUCCAAGGAGGAAGAUUCUCAAUAUAACGGGACGGCUAUUCCAAAUCAGACUUUCCAACGCAACGAGAUACUCUCUAGCUCAAAGCCAAUAGAGGUAAUUGAUGUCGACGACUAUUCACUGGAUAAAGAGGAAGUUAUUGAUCUUGAAUCGCCCGCGAAGGCUUCGACACCUUCUGCCGCACCUCUGGCUCUAAGUAACACCCAACCUCCACCUCUAGAUAUGCCUAGAAAAGGACCUGCCGCUGCGGAGAACCCGUCAAAGUUUCAAUCUUCAUCACCCGAGAGCGCUAGGAUUUUUACAGAACAAUCCGUACACGAAAACACGGAGGAGGGACCUAAACUGACCCCCAAAAUCCUGGAUUCUACUACCCUUGCUGAAUAUCCACUUGCCGCCGACAAGAAAUCCACAAGCCCAGAGUUUGAAGAUGCCAUCAUGUCAAACACUACUCAAACUACGAAUGUCUUACCUUCUGGUCCCCCAACUUCUACUGUUGAACCUCAAGCGAAUUCUGAGACCGCUGUGGUUGAAUUUCCUGAUGAUGCGGAUGACUAUUCAGAUCCCGAGGAUGACGAGUUGAUGUACCAGCUCGCCAUGGAAACUGAAGAACAUGCUCGAUUCGCGUCAACCAUGAAUUCCAAAAGCCAAGCAGAAAAUGCAUUCGACUAUGAGCAAGAACUAAAACAACUUCGUUCUCAACAGAAAAAGGACAGGAGAGAUGCGGACGAGGUUUCCCAGAUCAUGGUUACCGAAUGUCAGCAGCUACUACGACUAUUUGGGCUUCCAUACAUUACAGCUCCUAUGGAAGCCGAAGCACAAUGUGCAGAGUUGGUGUCGUUAGGGUUGGUUGACGGAAUUGUCACAGAUGAUAGCGAUACAUUCCUCUUUGGAGGCACCCGCAUCUACAAAAAUAUGUUCAAUCAAUCGAAAUACGUGGAGUGUUAUCUUUCAAGCGACCUAGAAAAGGAAUACGCGCUAGACAGGAAGAAGCUUAUAAGCUUCUCCCAUUUGCUAGGGAGUGACUACACAGAAGGUAUUCCAGGUAUAGGCCCUGUGACUGCUCUGGAGAUACUUACCGAGUUUUCUGGCCUGGAAGAAUUCCGCGACUGGUGGUCUCAGGUUCAAUUGGGAAACAAAAUACCAGACGAUACGCAUACGGCAUUUCGCAAAAAAUUCAAGAAGAACGUCACCAAACUGUUCUUACCUCCAGGCUUCCCUGAUAAAACAGUGGAGAAAGCUUACCUGGAACCUGAGGUAGAUUCGGAUCCCUCAGAGUUCAAAUGGGGUGUCCCUGACCUGGAUGCUGUGAGACAAUUCCUAAUGGCAACAAUAGGGUGGUCUCCAGAGCGAACCGAUGAGGUUCUCGUCCCCGUAAUACGGGAUGUAAAUCGAAGAGAGCAGGAGGGUACACAGUCCAACAUCACAGGCUUCUUCCAAGGUCCACAGGGAGCAGGAGCCUUUGCGCCCCGUCAACGGACGGCUGGGAAGAGUCGCAUGGAAAAGGCAUUUGGUAGGCUGCGAAACCAAGCAGAAGCAAAGCAAACCACCCUGGAUCCAUACUCCAAUAAUAAUGCCACAGAGGCCAUUGCAUCAACGGACGAUGCCGUUGGUGAUGAUAACUCUACAGCGCAGACGGAGACUCGAAGACGACGAAGAUCGACUGCCUCUAGCAUACCCAUUGAUGAUAAUGAGCAGUCAACCAAUCAACCCGCACGCAAGGUCCGAAGAAAGGCAAAGCGCACUAAUGCAUAA